AUGGAGCCUCUGAUCGCGAGGCCGGGUAGCCCUGCCGGCUGUGAGAAUGGGCGCAUUCGGGCAAGCGGGCACGAGGAGGAAGGACGAAGGGUGAGCAUUAAACUCGUCCCCGAUAUUGUCGGGGUUGUAGAACCCGCCGAGCAGCAGUGGCGAUGCAGCUGCAAGCUGAUUUUUAGAAAGGCCUACCAUGCAGUUGAUCGCUGCUUUGGCUGCGAUACCGCGCGAGAUUACUCUCGCAGAUCAUGGGGCAUAUUCCAUCUAAAUUCCCGAAUUAGACGGCUCUGCACGACUCUCUCGGAGAGUGUGACCAUAAAGUAUUUCCUCAUCGGCUAUGUGUGUGUGAACGAAAUCCUGCAUCUUGAUGCUGAGGCGGCUCACCUACCGCUGCAGAUAUCAGAUCCCCUAGAACUCAUAUUAGUCGCUUUACUUCUCCUCGAGUUCGUCUAUGAUACCAUCGCUCUCGGCCUGUGGAAGGGGCAGCGAUGCUACUUUCGUCAACCCCGUUGUCUGUUCAACUUCUCCGUUUUGGUCGUAGCCAUCAGCGACCUCAUCGUGACGUAUCUUGCUCGCUGCAAUCCGCCACCGGAUUUGCCUCAAGUCUCCUGGUAUACAUCUGAAGUCGCUCUGUUUUUCUCACUGGCCCGCAACUUGCGUGUCUUACGGCUCUUCGAAACCGAGACGUGCAAGCUCGUGUUUAGUAUCUUUCGAAAAUGCCUGGCGAAUCUGCUAGCCUUGGCCGGUCUCGUGUGCAUCUUGGUCUUCUGCUAUCUCAUUGUCUACAGCCACACCUACGGCUACACUCAGUUCAACGUUUGUUACACGAAGAUGACUCGCGAUACACCGACGUUACAGCCACCUCUGAGUGGGUCUGGAGCCGAAGACACCUCGUUGGUAUGCAAGGCGGACAGCGGAUUCUGGGAAUAUGAUGCCAGUCAAGAGCGCCUCUGUCGACCGGAUUUGCCCUGCCGCGAAGGCACAGAAUGCCGAAAUAUCUUUCUCUUGCCGAGGGACUCGAAGCUGUGCACGUCUCCAGAGCUCUACGAGCUUGAGCUGAAGGGAUGGCGUGCGAUGUAUGACACACCCCUCGGCGAUUGGGGAUUGACUGGCUUCCAUGACACAUUCUCAGCCCUCGUAAGCUUUCUUCAAUGCGUAAAUCUCGAAGGAUGGACGGAGGUCAUGUACCGUCUCGCGGAUGGGGACAGCACAUACCGAGGCGUGCUUAUCUACCUUCUCCAUCAUUCGGUAGUCAUCCUCGGAAAUUUGUUUUUGAUGAACGUCGUGGUCGCCAUCAUGUGGGAGAGUACCGUGCUGGAAACCAGCAGAUCGCGAGCGACUGACGCGAAAAAAGAGGACCUCCAGAUGUUUGAGAUCUUGGGAGUGGAAUGGAUCAUGGAUCCGCUUCCUCCUGCAAAAGACGCCGUCCUGAUUAUUCUGUUGAACUCAGGGGACCGCGCAGACACUUACGGCUUUGUCAACUGCAUAUUUUUCGUGUGCUACUGUGUGGACGUUGUACUGCAGUUGAUCGCUUGCGGCUGCCGAGAAUUUCUCCGCGACGGGUUUAAGGUCUUUGACCUUGGCCAGGCCAUCGUUGGUGGAGUCGAGGUGGUCUUCAGUCUCGCGAUCUGCGGGAGCUUUUCCAGCUGCUCAGACGCCGCCAUUCGCGGCAGGAGCCCAGGCGUGAAGGCGACAGCCCUCGUUUUGAGUGUGCUUCACAGUCUCCGCCUCUUUAAACUGGUACGAAACUUCCCCGCGCUGAGGCUGCUCGUGGAAGUCACGGCCGAUUUGGUCAGAAACAUAUUCUUCUUCUACGCUCUGCUGAUCUUCCAAGUCUACGUCUUCGCCACAUUCGGCUUUGCCCUCUUCUUCGACCCCAACUACGGCAGCUACGGCUGGCCGCUCACUGUAACGAAGUACUGCAACUUCGAAUCGAUAUGGCAAGCGCUGCUCCUUGUCUUUGGUUUGCUGACUGGAGAAAGCUGGCAUGUGACGAUGCAGGAGUUGUAUAGCGUGUAUAUGGGUCGCUUUCCAGGCGCGCCAGGCAGUGCAGUCUCCUCUAACGUCGCGCUCGCGAGCCGCGGCAACGUCUACAUCAUCUCAGUCUACAUCUUCUUCGCCGUCGUGACGCUGUGCUGUUUCUUCUACAACGUAUUUGAGGCCGUCCUCAUCGGCCAGUACGUGACCGCGCGCAAAGUGGUGUUCAAUUCACACAUUUUCCGGUUCAUCAAACUCUGCCGAGAACUCGGCGUCGAGAUGCCGACGCGCGCAGCGAUAGACACAAGCAACUUGCAGAGAAUGUAUUCUCUCGCCUCGCCCAAAAUAGUCGGCCGAAGAAAAGCCUGGCGCGCGCUGAGUGAGUUCCUCCGCCCCCGAUCGCUGCCCAACCAAGAGGCGCCCACUUUUUCAAACACCAGCUCGGGCGCCGCGUGGAUGCUCCAGAGACUCACGCAGUCCAUCUCCAGGGCCUCGACGCUGCGGCGCCGCAGCCAGAGGGCCUCCGCCAACGGAAGCAGGCCGCCGGAAAGGAGGCCAGGCGGCCUGAGGUUUCGCAGAGACAAGCAACGCGCUGUCGCAGCUCACGCGGUUUCUUUCUGGCGCAGGGGCAGACGGCGUGAAUCCAAGCGAGGGCCUGCAACAGAGAGCGAGAGGCCGUCGCCUGGCCAGACACGGCCGAGCGACGCAACGGGUGGUGUUCUGAGUGGAGACUGCUGUCAGGCUCAGCCUACCGCCCUCCGUUAUCCUGCUGGAGGCCUCUGCGGCAGACAGAGGAACCAUGGCGCCGACGACGUCGAAGGACUGUGGGCGGUCAAUCCCGGCUCCGAUACCCACCUCGCAAGCACCCGCCCCGACGACGCGGCUCUCUCAGUCCACUCUGCCACCGAUGCCGCUGGGGACGGCGCCGUGGACGGGCCUGAAGGGCCCCUGUCCCUCGGCGAGUCCGUCUGCUACCUCUUCACGCUUACGCUGAUAUGUUGCUACGACGCGGUCGCUCGGCUGGUAUCCUCGCCUUUCAAGUGGCUGAACGAGCGAAUCGUGUCCUACGACAUCGACCGCCCUGACGCGAUCGUGGACUUCAUCCGCUUCAUCCUCAUGGAGGAAGGCCUCGAGGAUGCGUCAACGGCGAGUGCCUUGCCGGCUCCCGGCGUGCGCCGAAAGCGCGAACAAAGCUCGAUGGAGGGCGUCCGCAUCGUGGUCCGCUCGCUUCUGGCUUGCACACGAAGUCUCGUGCUUCUCUCGGCCUUCUUGAGCCUGGUCUUUGUCAUGUUUGCGCUCAUUUUCUCUCGGAUCAUGCGCGUCGGCUACGUGCCGCCGGACAACCCCAACGAGGUCCUGUAUACGUUCCAGACUUUCUUUGAAGCCUCGAUAGGCGUCUUCGUCCUCGCCACCAACGAGGGCUGGCCGCUGCUGCUCUCCAGGCUCCUCGACCGCAAUCCCACCCAGCAAGUCGCUCUGUCGGUUCUCGUCUUCCUCUUCAUCUCGGCAGUCUCGAUCUUCGGGGUCAAGAUGUGCGUGGGCAUCAUCGUUGACGCGUCCCGGAGGAAGAAGGCUCGCAUGGAGAUGGAAGGAAGUCUGCUCAGCGCGACGGUACACAAGUGGAUUGAAAUUCAGGAGCUCCUCUUCAACUCGGCGCUCCAGCACGGCGACACCAUGCCAGACUUCACCGGGGUCGACAGCAAACGGCUCGCGAUGGCAAGGAAGAAAGCUGCUGCACUGAUAACAAGCGGAUGCUUCAGAAUGGCCGUUGCCGUCCAUACGUGCCUGUGCUGUCUCCUUCUUUUCUUCUACGGCCCGUGGUACGACAUGACACUCGGGCCCCAUCGGCAGGGCCGACGACUUGAGCUCCACAUCGCCAUUGUGUGUCUUUCUGCUUUCUUUUUCAUCGAAAUCGGUACGAGAAUCUUUGCUCGCGGCCGCCUGUUUUUUCGCGAGGCGUUGGACAUCCUCGACGUUGUUCUUUGCUGCCUGCUCGCUGGGACCUUUGGCGCUGGCGUCGUUUUGUGGAUGGGGUGGGUCUGGCGCGUGGACGCACUGACCUCCUGGCUCCUAAGUUUACGCCUCUUCCGGAUCGCGCGCUUCCUAUACCGCCAGAUGCCCUUUUUCCAGACGUUGUUUACAACGAUCUCGCGAGUUAUGAAGAGCUUCCUCAGCGUGCUUACGCUUCUGGGCCUCUCGAUUUUCUUCUUCGCCAUCUGGGGGGUCGUCCUCUUCAGCGGCGCCCCAGUAGAAACGUACUUCAAUCGCCACGCAAACUUCAAAAUGCUGCCGAGGGCCGUGAUGGCGCUGAUAGGCAGCUGCACUGGCGAGGACUGGCACAUGAUUCUUCAGCAGCUGCGGAUGCACUACACCGCGACAGACCAGAAACUGCUCCGCGUGACAGUUGUGGUCUUCUUCAUUUCCUUCAUCGUCCUCGUUUUUUUCAUCCUCAUGGAUCUCUUCACCACCGCUGUCCUCGACGAAUACAUGGACACAGUGAAGGACGAGAACUUGUGGAAUAUUUCGUGUCAGAAACGCGUCUUGAUUGAACGCUGGAACCCCAAGGACGAGCUCAGCACGAACUACAAAAGCCUCACUGACAUGAUCGCCCUCCUGAGGACGAUCGACCAGCCAAUGGGCAUAAAGCACCGUUUUCACCCCGAUGAGAAACGGCAGAAAGUGCUCAAGUACAUCGCCAAAUACGGCCUUCCAGUCUACGCUGGGGCGCGAGUCCAUCUUCGGGACGUGGUUCUCAACUGCGCCAAGCGAGCGUGCGAAUUCCACGCCAUGAGUCACGGCGUCAUGGACAUGCAGGACGGCCAGGUCGAGCUGAAUCCGCGCCUCAUCAGCAGUUGGAUGGGGAAGUUUCCCGAGCUUGCCCACGUGGAGACCAGGUACGACCUUCGCCACCACUUGGCCGCGGAGACGCUCCAGAGCUGGUUCCGAAGACAGCGCAUGCGACUCCACGGAAAGCUCGCGAACCCAGAGUGGUGCGCCGCUCGGUUUGUGUCUUUCGUGAUGGAGAGUCGAACGGCCCACCUCCGCCGGCCGAGCGGCCGCGCAGGGCACCGCGCAAGCCAGAGCGAUCGUAGAUACAGUGGGGUCGCGAGGCGGCGCAGUUGGCGGCGGUCUCGAGUGGACUCUGCAGCUGGAAGCUCGCAGCUCUCUGCGACAGCGUCUGGCAGCAGCUCGGAAGCCCUGCCGCAGCCAGAGAGACUUCAUCUUAGGGGGGCAGGCGGGUCAGACCAGGUCAGAAUGAGCUUGCCAGAGUCCAUUUCGACGCGUGGAAGCGUUCCCGGGUCGAGCUCCAACAGCCGCCGGGGAAGCAUCAUGACAGGCACCGACGUUGACCUCGCGCCCCGCGUCCUCUUCGAGUCCUGCAUGCUGGUACCUGAGGGCACGACCACAAAGAAAACCAGCUCGAGAGAACGUCUCAGCGCACGCUCUGCCAGUCGACGCGAUAGUCUGCCGCAAGUUGCGUCAGUGGAGAGCUCCCCGAGUGACCGCCACCUCACAACAUGCAUCACUACCCACCUUUCACAGUCAGAAGAUCCCUGA